AUGGAGAAAAUUAGGAAUACAGUAGAAAGAUUAUCAUCAAUAGAUGUAUCAAUUCAAGAAAAUUGUUUAAGAAUUUUAAUUAAUAUAUCCACCGAUGAUCAAUACCAUAAAAUUAUUCUAGAUUUAGUAGGGAUAAAGAAAUUUAAAGAAUUAUUGCAAUCACAUAAUGAAGUUAUUCAAAUGCUUUCGACAUGGUUAUUAAGCCAUUUAAGUUUUAGGUUCGAAAAUAGUGAAGUUAUUUUAAAAUCAGAUUUAAUUCCGGUAAUAAAAAAGUUAUUAUUAUCAGAAAAUGAGGAUAUUGUAGAGAAAGCUUUAUGGUUAAUGCGAAAUUUAACAAUUAAUGGUAAUCAUUCGCAUUUAUUAAUAGAAUAUGGUAUAGUGGAUUCAUUAGUAGAUUUUUUAGAUAAAAGCAAUUAUCAUUUGAUAAUAUUAGCAUCAGAGCCCUUAAGAAAUUUAUUACACAAAGAUACAUGUGGGGAAUAUUUGGAUAAUCAAAAAGUAUUUUGCCACAAAAAAUCAACCGAUAAAAUAAAAAAGUUAUUAACAAGUGGGUAUCCAACUAAUCAACUAAUAAUGUCAUUAAUAACGUUAAUCCAUGUCCUCAGUAUAUAUCAUCCAUUAAUUCGUAGAAUUGUAGCAGUAUCAGGUGUAUUGAAUCAAUUAAUUAGUUAUUUAUCUUCACCUUCAGCUCCAUUAGAAAUCAAAAAAAAGGUUAUUAUUAUUCUUAUAAAUUUAUCAUUGACCGAAGAGACCGAAAGAGCCAUAUUAUCGGUGGGUGCUAUCAUGCCGUUGGUGGAUAUUGUUGUAUCAAUUAGUUCAAGUGUAGAGUUAAAGUCAUUGUGUGUUAGUUGUUUAGCAAAUUUAACCUCAAAUCCAGAUAUUAGAAGAGUACUCAGAUCAAACUAUCUUAUUGACGGUCUUUCCGAACUACUUAAAGAGAAAUCUAGUCAUACUAGCCAGCUUUUAGAAUCAAUCUCACUCUUGAUUGCCAAUUUAUGUAUAGAUGAAAUAUGUCGAUUUAAAAUUAGUCAAUCAGAUUGUGAUAGAGCUUUGUCAGAGUUGAUCGAUUAUCCUCAUUUACAAGUUAGAGAAAGAAUAACGAAUGCUUUAGAAAAUAUCAGAGUACCCAUUUCCUUUGAAACUUUAAAUGAAUUAGCAGAUAUAGAAGAUAUGUCGGAUUUAGAAGAUCCUUCUGGUAGUCUAAGUGGCUUUUCAUCAUCAUCCUCACCAUUUGGUGGCUUUUCAUCAUCACCUUUAAAUCAAAAGGGUUCAAUUUUACGUAUAUCUAGAAGUAUAUCGCCUGUUAACAAUUUACUCUUUAAUAAUAACAAUAACAAUAAUAAUAUAAGUAAUAGUAAUAGUAAUAGUAGUAAUAAUCUAAUGGCUUCACCAACAUCAUUUUCCCCAAAAUCACCCACUCCAAUCACCCAAUCACCUUCAAACUCAAAUACUCAAUUACAACAGCAAUCAUUACCACAAUCACCAUUAUCAUUACAAUCAUCUCAACAACAACAACAAUCAUUACCGCAAUCACCAAUUAGAUCUCCAGAGCAAUCACAACAACAGCUUCAACCACCAUCCGAAAUUUUAACAAUUAAUUCUAUGAUACCGCCACCAAUGCAAGAUGAUCCAAAUAAAAUAUUUAGAAGAGGCAGAAUUAUCAAAGAAAUUAUUGAUACAGAGCAGGCUUAUGUUCAUGCACUAUCAGUUUGUAUUAGAGUUUAUUAUAAUCCAUUAGUUGUAUCACCAACAGUACCACCAAUUUUACCUUUAGAUUUGGUAGAAGUUAUCUAUUCAAACAUUGAUAAAGUUUUCCGUAUCAAUUGUGAAUUCUUAAAGAAAUUAAGAGGGAUGUCAGAUAAGAAGGAUGUUUUAGAACUAGCACAAGCAUUACAAUGGUAUUGGGAUCAACCAUCAACCAUUCCAGAAUAUCGUACAUAUAUUAAUGGAUUCAACAGAGCAAUGGAUACUGUGCACGAAAAUAGAGCAAAGCUACCAAAGUUUAAAGAGUUUUUAGAAAAGUGCCAAUUCUCUGAACAAUGUAAAAGUGAAACUAUCGAUUCUUAUUUAAUUAGACCAGUUCAACGUAUUCCAAGAUACAUUCUCUUGUUAUCUGAUUUAUUGGUUCACACUGUGGAUAUGUUGGAAAGAAAUGCAAUCGAAGAAGUUUUAAGAAGAACAAAACUCAUUACUGAUCAACUAAAUGAAUCUAAAAGAAAAGCAGAAAAUUUAGCCAAAACUGUAUUAUUGCAAGAAAAAGUUGUAGGUUUAACAGAAAUUUUAAUAUCAGGGUAUAGCAAUAAAGAUAUUAAUGGUGGUGGGGGUGGUAGUAAUCAUGGCAGUAGUAAUUCAUUACUUAGCAAUAGUAAAGAUAACAAUACUAGUACUUAUGGUAGUGCUAGCAAUGGAAAUGGUAGUGGUGGAAGUAGCCUAACAUCAAGUACAAAUUCAAACUAUGGUAGUAGUGGUGGUGGUGUUUCAAAUAAUAAUAAUAAUCAUUAUCAUAACCAUAAUAAUAAUCAUAAUAAUCAUCAUAGUAUAAGUUUAACAACAGGUCUUAAUAAUAACAAUGGUAAUGUCAAUAACAAUAAUAAUAAUAUAAAUAAUAAUUUCUUAUUGAAUAGUAACAAUUUAAUACCAGCCUCAAGAUAUUUAGUAAAAGACGGAUUAAUGAUGGAAUCAAGACAGAAAAAAGUUUCGAAAUACAGAUAUUUAAUUUUAUUUAGUGACAUAUUAUUUAUUACAAAACAAAAGAAAAACAAAUAUACACUAUUUAAAACCGUACCACUUAUAGAUUUAAAAAUUUUAGAAAUGCCCCAACCACAAAACGAAACCGGUUUUUAUUCAUUCCAAAUUUUAUGGAGCGGUCAUAACGAUAAAAAGGAAAAUGGUAUGGUUAUUUAUACAUCAAAUCUAGAAGAAAAAGAAGAAUGGGUUAAAACUUUGAAAGAUGCUUGCAACUUUAUUAAAAAAUCUCAUUUAACCAAUAUAAUGAGAACUCAUUUAACUAUUAACUAA